ACAGUAAUCCCAGCCCUGUCUCCACCUCCAAAAAAAAAAAAUUGAAAAAAAAGAUUACUGUAACAACCGAACCUCAGCAACAUCGAGGUGCUUGAUUGGUAUUUCAUUUCGUAUUAUCCUUUUAUUCCUCUCCGCUGGACAAGUUCAAGUAAAGUUUACUCUCGGUAUUACUAGCAGACCCUUAGAUUUCGGAAGAGUCACUCGAUUUUUGCUAGUUGAAUCAUCGCGAACGCUCAGACCAGAGGAGAGGUUAUUGACUGAAACUCCAAUGCCUUCAAUGGGUUUCCGUCACUAAUAUACAAAUUUAUGCAAAAAUCACGCUUGCUUGCCACGUGUAAAUAAUGCAUAAUGUGUUCCACCAAUAAUCAAAAAGGAAAUCGACAACGAUACAAAUGAGUUGCUAAACGAUCGUUCCGAAGACUCGAUCAAGGUUGAUGCUGAGAGCGUUUGUUCAGAACUCGAGCUGCAACAAAUAAACAACAUUCAGUAUCGCUGAGCACAUCUGCUUUUCUGCGAUCAUGUGUUCUAGAAGGUUUUUACCAACGCUUGGCCUUUCUCUCGCUCUGUGCUGUUUUGUUGUCGGGGGGUAUUACGCGUACCACAGAGCUACUGAUGAUGGCGGCUACACUGAAUGGAGUGCAUGGAGUAACUGCAGCAAGGAGUGCGGCGAAGGCAUUCAAACACGCUAUCGCCUGUGCGAACAACCAAAACCGGGCAAAUACGGCAAGGAUUGCUAUCGCUUCGGUCCUGACAAGGAUCAGAAGCCUUGCUUUUUGAAAAUCUGCCCUGUGGACGGAAAAUUCGGCGAGUGGAGCGCCUACUCGCAGUGCGACAAAACUUGUGGAGGAGGAAAAAGAUCCAGGACUCGGCAAUGCAACAACCCACCGCCUGUGUUCGGCGGCAAACCUUGCGAAGGAGAAACCAAACAGGAAGAGCCAUGUAAUACUCACGAUUGCCCGAUACACGGCGGUUACUCGGCAUGGAGUGAGUACGGACCGUGUUCCGUAACGUGUGGAAAAGGAACCAUGACAAGAACACGAACCUGCACAAAUCCGCCACCGAGUAACGAAGGUAACCCGUGUGUGGGGCCCGACAGCGAAACGGCAGAGUGCGAUAAAGGUGUUUGCCCCGGGAAAGAGCCACCAGGACCGCUGAGGCAAGACAAUCCGCCGGCGGAAAAUAUGCCCAACGAUCAAACAGCGGCAGCUCAAAAACCCGAAGAAGGAGCUCAAAAUACUGCCGAUGAAACUGUGCAAAAACCCGAAGGACAGGCUCAGGAACAGAAACAGUAGUAACACAACGCUAAAUUGAAUACCACCGAUUGCAAUGGAUUUUGACAUCACUGUAGUUUAGCCGCAUACUCCGCCGGUAAUAGAACAUUGUUUACGUGUCACGGGAUCCGAAAAACUUCUAAGUAAACAAAUCUACUGGGGUCAAAUUAAUACUUUUCUUGUCUUCCACGCGUUUAUUCGAGAUUUUUGGUCGUCGAAAGGCCAGCUUAAAUAUCAACGUCGAAAUUUGGAAGUGGUCAAAAUUUUAGACAUAUGAGGGUGUGAACGAAAAUUAAGGAUUAUUUGCGUUGGUACUCGGCAGGGUGUCAAAAAGCUUUCGUUUUGUAAAGCCUAUUCUGGAGUAGUUAAAUACUCGCAUUUAGUAAAAAAGCAGUAUAUUUUCUGAAAAUGUAUUUUGCUUUGAUACUAGAAGAAGUAUUAACUUAGGAUUUUCUAGGUGACAAUUUGUCUUCCUCUUGUCGCCCCUCAAAAAUUGCUGUACAAAGUUCAA